AUGGUAAAACUUGAAAAUUGGUAUACACGAAUGUGUCGCUCUGAUCAAAGUAAAAAGGACAUAUACUGCGAAUGCGAUUUUCGGAUAAACAUUUAUCGUUGUGAUAAUAAAUUCUUCGCAAGGGCUAGUUGGGUAACGCUUACAUUGACAUCAUUAAAUGUAAUAUUAGGAACAGCGUUGCUUUAUUAUUUAAUUAAAGUAAAGAAGCAGCCAUUCUUUCUUUCUGCUACGAGAGAAAGAGGCAUUAUCAGGCCUAGACCUGUACAUUCAUUUCAGUUGAUAGCUUUACUUUAUAAUGCUGCGUUACUAUUUAAUGUGAUAUGCUUGAUCACCGAAUCAUAUCCUUACGUCAUUUUCGCAGAAUUGGGUCAUUUUUUACCGCUUGCAGUAUGCGUUUCACUUGCAAUUUUCUGCCCAAUAAGCCUCAUUUAUUCGACACCGAACAUUGGAUGUUCCAACGCGUUUACAAAUACAACCUUAAUAGAUGUAAUGGCAUUUUUUUUUAUGAUUCAUCCAUAUUUAUUGAUCUUACCGACAGCAUUAUUAUCCGGAUAUUAUGCUGAUAGGGAUGAUAUUGAAACCGCAAUGCUUUAUUUUAAAAUAAAUUUCAUAAGUUGGACAAUUGUUUCCAUCGCAUACUUUCUUCUGGUGGUUUAUUUUUAUCAUAAGCUUAUUAGCGUGAUUAAUUGCCAAAUUAAAAAUCAGGUGGAAAGUCAAGGAAGCAUACAAAAGAUUGGUUCCAAUAUCAUCUGUAGUAAUUCUGAUAUCAAUACUUGGAAAAGGGCAAAGAGAAACGUUCGAUAUUACACGAUAUCAAUAGAAAAGCAAUGGAAAAAAGUGCCAAAUAAAUGGGAUUUUCUAUGUCAGGGAUUCCUACUUACCUUAUGGAUUCUUUAUUCCGCCUUUAAGUUAACGCAUGUAAGUGGAUUCGAAAUUUGGAGCAAGGCUGUCAUUCUUCCAAGAGUAAUACCUUGGGAAAAGGGUGAAUUGGAAACUUUAGUAUUUAUCGGCUUAGAAGUCGGUAACGCAACGAUAGCUUUUGGUUACGUUAAUAUGUUUUUAUGCGUUGCUUCAUUCACCACUUUGAUAUGGACCUAUUGGUCAAGUCAUUCACGAGGUGGUAAAAUUAUUGAUGGUGAAAUUGCCGCCAAUCAUGUCGAGACCAAAUUUACCCCACAGAAUAUUGUGUGA